ACAAUUGGUCCAAUUGACAUGGAAAUGCUUGCGUUGGGACAGGAGACACAGAAGUACUUCACAGAUGAUUAUGACCUUUUCCACAAAAAAAUGAGGUUCAAUGGAGACAGGACAAUUGGAAUAUUUGAUCCCAGAGAAUCAUCUUUGCGGCACCACUUGCAAUGCCCCGACAAGAAGUUUGUUGAUUUUCUGUCGUACCUGCUGCAAAUAAAUCCCAGAAAGAGACCAACGGCCAUUGAAGCAUUGCAACACCGAUGGCUUUCAGUAGUAUAUUGCUGAGCUUGUCAAUCAAGCUCUUUCGUCACAAAUUGGGACAGUGUCUGAAGUCACUCCUCUUUCCUCAUGGGUAGGAUCAGUUUCUGAAGUUACUUGGCUCAUGAAACAACACCCUUCCAUUGGAGCAGGAUUUGGCUUCGUGGGGUCAAUCCUUGGCAGUGAAAUCCUGUUUUGCAAUGUGAAUUGAUCGUGGAUACACGCUAGUUCGUGCAUGUAAAUAUGAGAAAAGUUACCUAUUAUAUAUGUACAGUUGCGAUGUACAACGAUGUAAUUUAUCCAACUAUAGCCAAUUAAAUUGUUAUGUUUCUGUA